CACCGAGUCGUCCCUGAGUCACCUUAAGAUACCCAAGUCACGCCGAACCAGCUGCAAUCCCUCGCCGCAGUCCAAAGGAACGAUCCGCCCUCCCCCGUCGAUCCCCCCUCUACCCACCGAAAAACCACCAUCAUGCUCGACCUUCAGGAUUUCAUCAAGGAGCGCGGCGGCGACCCGGAGAAGAUCCGCGACUCCCAGCGCCGUCGCCAUGCGCCCAUCGAGAUUGUCGACGAGGUCAUUGCCUUGUGGGAUGACCACCGCAAGACCCAGUACUCGGCGACGCAGAUUGGCAGUGAGAUCAACGCCGUGCAGAAGGAGAUUGGCAUGAAGAAGAAGAACAAGGAGAACGCCGACGACCUGCUCAAGAAGAAGGAGGACCUGCAGAAACAGAAGAAGGACAAGGAGGACGAGGCCACCGCAAAGCUCGUCACUCUCAACGCCAAGGCAAAGAGCAUCGGCAACUACGUCCACGAGUCCGUCCCCAUCAGCGAUAACGAGGACAACAACGUCACCGAGCGCGAGUGGAAGCCCGAGGCCGGCCUCGGCCCCAAGACAGAGCAGACGCUCUCCCACCACCAGGUCGUCACGCGCCUGGCGGGCUACGACUCCGAGCGCGCCAUUAAGCUUGUCGGUCACAGAGGCUACUGCUUGACCGGCUACGGACUGUUCCUCAACCAGGCGCUUAUUAACUACGGUCUCGAGUUCCUCUUCAACAGGGGCUACACGCCCAACCAGCCCCCCUUCUUCAUGAACCGCAACCAGAUGGCCAAGACCGCCCAGCUCGAGCAGUUCGACGAGGAGCUGUACAAGGUGACGGGUGACGGCGAGGAGAAGUAUCUCAUUGCCACCAGCGAGCAGCCUCUCUCCGCCCUGCACAGCGAGGAGUGGAUCCAGGGCAGCCAGCUGCCCAUCAAGUAUGCCGGUUACAGCACGUGCUUCCGCAAGGAGGCCGGCAAGCACGGCAAGGAGGCCUGGGGCCUGUUCCGUGUUCACCAGUUCGAGAAGAUUGAGCAGUUCAUCUUCUGCAAGCCCGAGGACAGCUGGAAGCACUUUGACGAGAUGAUUGGCGCCUCGGAGGAGUUUUACAAGAGCCUGGGCCUGCCCUACCGGGUCGUUUCCAUCGUAUCCGGAGCUCUCAACAACGCCGCCGCCAAGAAGUACGACUUGGAGGCUUGGUUCCCCUUCCAGCAGGAGUACAAGGAGCUCGUCUCCUGCUCCAACUGCACGGACUACCAGACCCGCGAGCUCGAGGUUCGCUACGGUGUCAAGAAGGCGAAGGAAGCCCCCGGCGGCGGCCGCAAGGAGUACGUCCACGCCCUCAACGCCACCCUCUGCGCCACCGAGCGCACCCUCUGCUGCAUCCUCGAGAACUAUCAGACGCCCGAUGGUUUCAAGGUCCCCGAGGUGCUGCGCAAGUACAUCCCCGGCCAGCCCGAGUUCCUGCCCUACGUCGCCGAGCUGCCCAAGGAGAUCACUGUCGUCGCCGGCCAGAAGAAGAAAUAGACAACGCGUUCGGCCGUUGCAAUUCGACGAGAAUUCAGACCGUGUCGGAGGAAGGAUAGUUUGGGUCAGCAGAGAAGGGAGGGGAGGCUGGGCUGUGAAGGAAAUGUGAGCGGAGGAUCGGAGGGUAAGAUACACAACACGCAGCUUUGAGUUGCUCUGCGAAGACGAUGUGGCGGUGGGUGUACGUACGCCUCGGAUAGAGCAGCGAUGCCACCGCAAAAAAGAAAGAAAGAGUUGUUUACGCCGCGCAACCUGGGCCCAAGAUGUGCUGCCGUGCGGUCAUGUUUGCCGGGUGGCCUCGUCACGACGGUCAACCGUCAUUUCAAUCACUCGCAAAGGUCUCGAUCCAGCAAAUAAAUAAGGCAAACAAGCUGUUGGGAAACCCUCACCAGGCUCGAUUAAGACGGGAUAUGCACUCUCCGAUCAAGUCCGGGACGCCAGAACGACACAAAACUCAACCUAAAUCCCUUAAAAAAAACUCCGCGUCCAUGCCAACUCCAAACUCACAACCAAUAACCCACCCUUUUUUAUUCCAUCU